GUCUGGGGGGCUGCGGUCCCCCUUCUCUCAGGACAGGGCUGAGGGCCAAGGAAGCCUCUCUACCUCUGAGGGCUGUUUUGUGUAGAAUGAUUUGUGUUUAACCCCUUGGUGCCCAACUCCACUGUCAUCAAGCACAAAGCGGGCAGCUGUGGGGUCUCUGGGACUGCAGAACCCUCUGGGGCUGAGCUGGGUGCCUGGUGUGCAGAGUGUCGGUGAGGGAGGGCUAGAGCAGAGGUUGAUGCCAGGACCCAUGGCUGGCCCCGGGCCAUGGCCAUGCUCCCUGUGACUGCGAUGCCCAGGCCCACUGACCAGCACACCAGACUGAGUCUCUGUGGCGUUGCCCAGAGUUUAACUAAACCUCUGGCUUGGUAAUGAGGAGCCCAAAAUUGGCACUGGUGCCUGUGAGCAGGAAUAGAACCCAGGCUACUGCCUUGAGCGAGUCAGCAUGGAUCCCACUAUAGGGGUGCAUGUGCCUUGCACACAAGACCUGUUUUUUUGUGACGGGCAGGGCUGCAUGUGCACCUUGUGCUCCUGCAUGGGGGCAUAACGGGAGAGGUGGCUAUGACUUGUCUCAGUUUCCGUUUAAUGCCCAUGGCAGCAAGACCGAACCUGGCACACGUUAAACCUGUACGUUCCUAGCUCAGACUAAGUGGCUUGAGAACCUCGGUGCUCCUGACCACCAUGGGCUGAGGGUGACUGGCCUGAAAUUCUCUGGUUACAUCCCCUCCCCCAGCACAGACCCUCACCGUACGGGGUCUCUGUAGCGAUGGAAUCAAGCCCCAGGGCUCAGCCCUCCUUCCAUGGACUGGUUCCCCUGACAAUGGGCACAGUUGGGACCUGUUCUGUCUGUGAGAAUCCCACAUUCCCAGCAGAUGCUCGGCAUCCUCGUCCUUCCCUGGACUCAUGAGGCUGAAACUCCACUGUCUGGGACAGUCCACGAAGGUCUCGUCAGCCCCCAGGCGGCGAGCGUCAGAACCCUCCAAAUGGCCAGGCUAGCGUCGCCUUGAACCCCAUGGAGUGUCAGACGGGGUGCCGAGGAAGGACCCCGCACAGCCAACCUCAGCUCUGACACCACAGCCCCUGAGGGGUUGCAGCUCAGCGUUGAGGGAACUCAGGGUCUUCCCAUAGGCACAGCAAGUCCUCCCAGCCCUUCCUGGAACGGGGGACAGGGAAGGACGUUGAUGCUUCCUGGCCCAGCACUAUGCUGCCAUGAGCAUUGGCCCCGGCCAGUGGAUGAGGCUGUGGCUGACCCAGGCCUAUCGUCUGUAUCGAGAUGUCUGCUGGCCCCGUGAACAGAUUGGGGCUGAAAGCGCCUUCUACCUCGGCACUGCCCCAGGGGAGGUCUUCUCUUCACAGUCACUGGGGCAUGUUCCCUGCUCCCAGCAAGGCACCUCCCCUCCUGAGACUUACAGGCUUCUCCUGCAGCCCAAGCCCCCCAGCCUGGCAGGACUGGCGCUGUGAAGGCGUCUUCAAGUGCCCAGAAGAUCAGCUGCCCCUUGACUACGCCAAGAUCUACCCGGACCCCGAGCUGGAGGCGCAGGUGCUGACCCUCACCAUCCGCUGCAUCCACAGCGAAGAGGGCUGCCGCUGGAGCGGGCACAUCAAGCACCUGCAGCCCCAUCUCAGCACGUGCGGCUUCAACGUGAUCCCGUGUCCCAACCGCUGCAGCAUCAAGCUGAGCCGGCGUGACCUGCCCGACCACCUGCAGCACGACUGCCCCAAGCGCCGUGUCAAGUGCGAGUUCUGCGCCAGCGACUUCACCGGCGAGGCCUACGAGAAUCACCAGGGCGUCUGCCCCCAGGAGAGCGUGUACUGCGAGAACAAGUGUGGGGCACGCAUGAUGCGUCGGCUGCUGUCCCAGCACACGCUGGCCGACUGCCCCAAGCGCACCCAGCCCUGCCCCUACUGCACCAAGCAGUUUGUCUUUGACACCAUCCAGAAUCACCAGUACCAGUGUCCCCGCUACCCCGUGCCCUGCCCCAACCAGUGCGGGACACCCAGCAUCGCCAGAGAAGACCUGUCUGGGCACCUGAAGGAGAACUGCAGCACAGCCAUGGUGCUGUGCCCCUUCAAAGACGCUGGCUGCAAACAUCGGUGCCCCAAGCUGGCCAUGAGCCGGCACCUGGACGAGAGCACCAAGGUGCAUCUGGGCAUGGUGUGCUCCCUAGUCAGCCGGCAGCGGCAGGAGAUCCAGGAGCUGCGGCAGGAUGUGGAGGAGCUGUUGGUCAGCAGUGACGGGGUCCUGAUCUGGAAGAUCACAGACUACGCCCGCAAGCUGCAGGAGUCCAAAGUGCGCAGCAACUACGAGUUCUUCAGCCCACCCUUCUACACCCACCGGUACGGCUACAAGCUGCAGGUGUCCGUGUUCCUCAACGGGAACGGCAGCGGGGAGGGCAGCCACCUGUCCGUCUAUAUCCGGGUGCUGCCGGGGCAGUACGACAACCUCCUGGAGUGGCCCUUCUCCUACCGCGUCACCUUCUCCCUGCUGGACCAGAGCGACCCCUCACUGGCCAAGCCCCAGCACAUCACUGAGACCUUCAACCCUGACCCCAACUGGAAGAAUUUCCAGAAGCCGGGGGCCUCCCGCAGCUCCCUGGACGAGAGCACGCUGGGCUUCGGGUACCCCAAGUUCAUCUCGCACGAGGACAUCAAGAAGCGCAACUACGUGCGGGACAACACCAUCUUCAUCAAGGCCUCGGUGGAGAUCCCACCGCGAAUCCUGGCCUGAGCCUGGCAUGGAGACGUUAGCCAGAGGCCCUGCAGCUCAGCCUGGCCAUAGCUGCGUUGUAGCAACUCUGUGGCCUUUCUCAGUCUACAGCAGCCUGAGGGCACUGUGGGCUUGUCUGACUGGGGCCCUCUUGGUGUUUCUGCCCCAGAGGCCUGGCAGCUCCCUUCUGAGCAGGGACUGUUGCAAGCAGGUUUCCUGCAGCAGCCAUGGCCUGGAACCACCCUGGGCCCCGCCAGCUGAGACCCAGCACCGAGGCUGGAGGUGGCUGUGGGGUGCAGGGAGAGGCCCCGCAGACGGUGGGAAGGAGAGCAGACCCUGCCCUUGCAGACAUGUUCCCAUGGGCUGGCUCUCCAGCCUCAGGACAGCUGUGGGGCCCAGGCAGGCUGAUCACCGUUGCCCCCAGCCUGCGCCCCACCAGAGUGAAACACCGCCUCUGGGGGGCAGCGUUGCAGCUGGGUCUGGGGGAACCCCAGCCCCCCUCCACACACACAAGCCCUGGAGCGGUGCCCACAGUGGGGGAAGAGCCAUGCUGUCCUGAUAGUGUCAAUGGCAUUGCCCCCUGGGAUCUGGGCCUUCUAGGCUGCCACCCCAUUGGCAGAAAGUGGAUCCACCUGAUCUCAACUGGGGUCAUUGGUUGUAUAACCCAAGCUCUCCUCCCCUCCUGAGUGCCUGGAGGGUGCCCCCCUCGGGGUGGGACUUGCUCCUGUGCCCUGCAGCUCAUCUAGGGCAUUCCCCCUCCCCCUGAGAGCCCCAGAGAAGCCUGGACAACACAGGAGCCAUAAAGCGGAGUAGGGACCCCCUCCCCUCCCAUGAGGCCUUUGCAAUGAAGCCCUAGAAGGGAGCCCCAGUGAGGGGUCCCCUUGUAGCUACCAGCCCCUUGGUGCUCUGGAAGCCCCACGGAGGCACAGACCAGCCAGAGCCUGAUGCCCCAGCAGCAAGGAACCGGCAGGUCCCAGGUGCUGUGUAUGCGGCUGCCAGGGUCCCCAGGCUCCAUCUCCUUCCUGCUGCCUCAGGGACCCCCGGAGGGCACAGGGCCCCUCCACCCAGAGCCAUGUUUUGUGAGCACCCGCCCCAGCGUCUGGCUGGGGAGCUGGGGUGCAUGUGUCUUGUUGCCGGGGAGUCUUCCAUAUUGCGUCACUCCAAGGGGAGGGCGUCUGUUAUUUAUUGUCCUGGCUGCGGAGCUGCCCCGGCCCUGCUGCCUUCACACUUUUUCAAUAAACUCCUCUUGUAUUUAU